UUUGUAAAUCGUGAUUCGUGAACGUUCCGGAGAAUUUUCGUGGAAUAGGAAAUCAUUAUUUAUUGUGAAAACAACAAGUGUCGCGUAUGCAACUACGUUUUCCAGCUUUGCAACAAUGGUGGAUUACAGCAAGUGGAAGGAUAUUGAGAUUUCAGACGACGAAGACGAAACCCAUCCAAACAUUGAUACACCAUCGCUGUUUCGAUGGCGUCACCAAGCCCGCGUCGAACGCAUGGAAGAACGUCGUCGUGAGAAAGAAAAUCUUGAAAACCGCAAGAAAGACAACUUCCAAAAGCUGUCUGAAACCAGGAAGAAACUCGCCGAAGCUGGCUCCACCGACCUUACCGAGCUGAAAAAAGCUAUUGCACAACUGGAGAAAGAAGAGAAAGAAAUACUCAAGAAAGAAGAUGAAUUGAAAAAGAAAGAAAAGCAGACACCAUGGAAUGUUGACACUAUCAGCGAGCCUGGUUUCACAAAGACUGUGAUAAAUACAAAGGCUCCAAGGCCCAGGGAAGAGAACUUGACUGAAGAGCAGAAGGAGGAAAAGAUGAAAAAAUUCAUUAAGGAGAACGAAAAACUCCUGAAACAGUUUGGUAUGCUGCGAAGGUAUGACGACUCCCAGAGAUUCCUGCAGCAGCAUAGUCACCUGGUAUGCGAAGAGACUGCCAACUACUUGGUCAUUUGGUGCAUCAACUUGGAGAUGGAAGGGAAACAUGAUCUAAUGAGUCACGUGGCUCACCAGACUAUCUGCAUGCAGUAUAUCCUAGAGCUCUCCAAGCAACUUGAUGUUGACCCCAGAGCUUGCGUGGGUGCUUUCAUUUCCAGGAUUCAGGUAUCUGAAAAAACCUACAAGGAUUCCUUUGAUGAUGAGCUAGAGCAGUUCAAAGAGAGGAUCAAAAAGAGGGCUCAUGAAAAGCUGCAAGAGGCCAUACGUGAGCAAGAGGAGGAAGAAAGAAAGGCCAGACUGGGACCUGGUGGUCUGGAUCCUGUAGAAGUCUAUGAAGAAUUGCCUGAUGAACUCAAAAAGUGCUUCGACGCUCAAGAUGUGCCCAUGCUACAAGCCACUAUUGCAAAGAUGCCAGAACAAGAAGCCAUCUACUACAUGAAAAGGUGUGUUGAUGCUGGUCUCUGGGUGCCAGGAAAGAAUGAUGACGAGCCUACAAUGAUGGAAAAUGCAGGUGCUGCUGCCACAGGGGCUGCUUCCAACGACCCCACCCCAGCCACCAACAGCACCACUGACAAUGUUGAUUGAAUUGUCGUGAAUACGGAAUGCAAAUCAACAUUAACAUUUUUACAAAUCUAUGUCAACAAGUAUCGUAAAGUAUCUUUUUUUUUAAUCAACUUUUUGGCAACAUUAAGUCGUAUGUCAAGUGUAGUAACGAAUGUAUGUUUUAAUGUGUAUGUACCUACAGUUCUCAUAUUCGUAUAAUUUAUUAGUUAAAGGUGAUUGAUUGCCCAUAUAAAAACCAUGAGAAAAAUGUACCCUGACAAAGUUACCUAUGUGUAGGGACAGAUUAUGAAAUCAUUCUUGAUAUUAAGAUU